AGUUAUUUAGUUGCAUAUACAAUCAGACACUGAAAAUGCUCCCACUUUCAAUCCGUUUUCAUAAACUAAUACUUGCAUUAUUAGUUUUUGUCGUGGCUCAUGCAUACUGUCAAGAAUGUAGGUGUGUAACAAUUCAAGAAUGUGGGGACGGAGGUGGACUUAUCAAACCUAGACAUAAUGCGACUGCAAUAUGUAACGAAGGUCUUUACUAUUGUUGCUUGAUACUUGCAACUGUACAACCCUCACCAAAAUGUGGGAUUCACGACCCUGCAUCAAUCCCUGGAUUUGCAUAUGGUGUUGGAAAUGUGGCAUUGUAUCGAGAAUUCCCUUGGCUUGUAAAAAUCCUGGGGAAGGAUGGCCAAUAUUUAGGAUCUGGAGCACUAAUAGAUUCUCACCGUGUUCUCACUGUGGCUCAUUUAUUCCAAAAUCAUAAACCUCACUCUGUCGUGGUUGGAAUGCACACGGAAGUUGCGAGGGUUGUAGAAAGCACAGAGCACAAAGAUUUCAACUGGGUCAAUUUAAGCAAUGAUGUUACUAUUUUGUAUUUGGAGAGGAAUAGUUUAAAUUUGGGAGAGCUUUUUCCAUUAGUAGGGAAAGUAUGCUUACCUCACGAGGAAGAAUUUCUACAGGGUGGGAAAAACUGCGUCCUUUCAACCUUUGGAGAAAACGGGUACCCCAUCAUCCGGAAAAUUAAAAUGUCGUUACUGUCAGGCCAGGAUUGUCAAGAUCAGUUCAGACGAACAGGAAAACUAGGACCCGGCUUUCACUUGAACAAAAAAAGCUUCAUUUGUGCAGGAGGAAGCGAGCCAGGCCAAGACGCGUGCGAGGGACAUGGUGGAUCUCCACUAGUUUGCAAAAUUGAUGGUCGCUUCUAUUUGGCUGGUCUAGUUUCGUGGGGAGUUACCAAAGGGGAUUGCAGCGAUAGAGGCAACUUUCCCGGAGUUUAUCUUAACGUUGCCCACUAUGCAGGAUGGAUUCGUGACAAUUAGUGGAAAGCAAAAUUUGCCCAAUGAAUUUUAUACUUGUAUGUUUUUCGAUAUUUUUGUAUUUAUUUGCUAUCUCAUCAAUCGCAUAAUAUAUGUGACCAUACUCUUUGAUUAAUUGUUACACAAUACAUAAAUAAGUAAUUAAUUGUAUGUAUCGAAACUUUACAAAUAUUUCAUAUGCUUAUAUUUAAUCUGUAUAUAUAUUGAAUUCACUCACAUAAUUUAGCUAAAGCUAUUGUCAUACCUUGCUUGCGUUUAAUGUGAUGUAUUCUCUGACAUCUGUACAGUAUGCACAGUCUGAUUAAAUUAAUUAAGCUAUUCCUAUGUA